AUGGCCGACCCUUCCCGGUAUCGAUACAUGGACUCUGCGGGGAGGCGAUCGCCUCCCCUCUACAACCCAGCCCGCUCCUCCAUGCCCGUCACCGGGGGCGGCUACAGCUCGCUCUACAGCGGAGACCUCCAUACCAUGUCGGCCUCCCACCACGGGGCGCUGCCCCGGCAAGAAGAGUACCGCACGAGUACGGUCCCCCUCAGCGCAACCACAUAUGCCGUAAAAAAGGAACCGCUCGGGAGGAGCACCAGCGUCAACGAGGGCCCUCGAGUUCACCGCAUCCACGACCAAAACCACAAGCGGCCAAUCAUCGUCACUACGAAGCACCACCCGCCCGCCCCGCGAUCGGACAGCCCAUCGCGUGACCCGUACCGAUCGAGCGACGAGGGACAAUACUAUGCCGAGCCCGCCUCCUCCAUCCCUCGCGGCAGAGCUGCCGGUCACGUGCCCACGAGCGUCGCCAUGGACGAGGACGAAUACCGGCGUCUGAAAAAUAGGACUCACCAUGACAGAUUGAGCAAUCGUGGCGCCGAACACUAUCGUCCUGCCCGCUCCGGGCCGCUCUACGCCGGGUCGAAUCAUCGUAGUCACACGCUUGACUUUGAAGAUGACGGGUACGAGUACACAAAACCCAGCGACCUUGCGAGAUACGACCUGGACCACGACGAUCAGCGCCACAGAACUCGUCGUGAGAGCCUCGAUCGAUACUACCGCCCAACCGUCAGCAUCAGCACAGAUCUGGCCCGUCCCCUCGACCAGGCCGACAGACGGGCGCGUGGUCCGCCGCCAACAACACGGGGUUUGGACAAGGUGGGCUGGACGACGGCUGGUGGCAUCUAUGAUGGCGCCGGCUCUCGCAUGCCGCUGCCACCAACUACCCCUCUGGUCCCCGACGUGCGCCGUUCGGGUCUCCUUGAAACCCCAGGAAGUCCCAGGCAAGAACAUCGCGGCGGCCCGCGCCCGCUGUCGAUGAUUCAGGACAAUCUUGGUCGGCCCAGCCAUCACGAGGAUUACUAUUAUGACGAUAUCCGCCACCGCGAUCAUGACUUGUUUCAGGAUGACCGCGUCACCGCUCGCGGUUUUGGUAUCCUAGUUGACCCCAAAGAUCAUGACGAGCAUCACAGACCCUCUGAGAAGUGGUAUUGGGAGGAACGUCGCGAGCGUCGUGAGCCCCCGAGACACUUUGACACCCGCGAGCCGCUGAGGCGGUCAGAUGAUGACCUCGAGAUAAUUCGACACGAAUACGAUGACCGGGAUCAUACAAGGCACCGUGAGCACGAAUACGUGGUGGAUAAACAAGAAGUCAGGCGCGACAGGGAAGACCGGCGAUCUGACGAUGAUGAACACAACAACAACAGGAGGAACAGUGGGAAAGUCAGGGACAAAGUCGCAGCUGGUCUUGGACUUGCCGCCGCCUCUAUCGGCCUCAAGUCUGCAGCGAGAGGCAGGGACGAUAAAGACAAAGUCAAAGACCCGUCCCCAUCAAGAAAAUUUAGAGAUCAAGAGGUUGAAACUUUCAAGCACGCGGAGGUUGACGCUCGAUCAAGACCAGCAAAAAAGGAGCCCUUGCUUGACGACGAAGACUUUGAAAUUGUUGAGCAUCCAAGGGAUCGCGAGAAACGACGGGACGAGAAGGUGACCGAAGGCGAAGCCCAACAGUCCAGAGAGAAGCGUGACGCUGCUGCUGCUUCGUCUCGUGAUCACUCGUCGUCCAUGGAUGAAGGAAAGACAAAGUCUCGCCGGCGUCUUCGAGCUUCCUCGUUCGACCCCAACGACACUGCCGCUCUCGCCGAGAUGAAGGCGCGGCUAGCGGAGCUCAAGGCCAAGGAGAAUCCACGGCAGAUCGAGCGUGAUAGCACCGAUGACAAGGAAGGCCGCACCGCCCCAGACGCACCCCAGGCUAAGGGUGAACCCUCUCCGGAACGCAAACCAUCACCUGUGGAGAAGAAGCCCGAGACGGAUCCCGAUGCCUCGGCCGUCGUACGCAAGGUUGAUGACGACAACAACAACAACAACGGCCGCGACCUUGCGCCUCUGCCGCGGGACGAGAGGCAAGUCCGGGUGGUCCCGCCGCCCAAGGAGCAGGCGGGGCCCGUCGAGAAGAAACCCAUCAAGGGCAUCCUCAAGCCGCCGCGGCCGCAGUUCCCUGAGGAGCCGAAUCCUGUGCGCGAGGGCGUGGCCCCGCACAAGGACGACAAGACCAAGGCGGCGACGGUGCCGCCCGGCGCGCGGUGGACCAAGAUCAGCCGUAAGAUGGUCAACCCAGAGGCGCUCAAGAUCGGCAAGGAGCGGUUUGAGGUCCGGGACGAUUUUGUCAUUGUGCUGAGGGUGCUGAGCAAAGAGGAGAUUCAGGCGUAUGCGGCAGCCACGGCGACUUUGAGAGAGCGCCGAAAGCGUGAGAUGCGUGACGAGGUCGAGCAUGAUGCCGACGACCGUGACCAUCACCUUGUUGAGGACGGCAACGACGAGAAGACGCGGCGGCAUCGCCAGCAUCGGUUACGAGAUAGGGAGGAGGAUGACACCUUCGAAAAGCAAGAGCCUGGGGACAGGGAUAAUAGGAAUAGGGAUAGGGAUUGGGGGAGAGAGCGGGAAAGGGAAAGGGAGAGGGAGAGGGAGAGGGAGAGGGAAAAGGACAAGGACAAGGAUAGGGAGAAGCAUCGCCGCCAUAAGCACGAGUCGGAUGCUGAGGGUGAUGAUGGGCAUGAAGCAAGGCGCCACGGGGGCCAUCACAGGUCGCACCGGGAGUAA